CAGUCCCGAAAAUGCGUGGCUGAAGGAAGCUGAACAAGUUUAACAGUUUAUCCUUUGACUGCUUUGACGGUUCCGUCUAGGAGCCUGCUCUUGUACUGUACGCUAUGCAUAAUGUGCAAUAACAGACUAGCCUACAUAAUGGUGCAUGGUGGCUAUACAGUGUCUACACGUCUCAUUGCAACACAAUAGCGCCUGAAAGUUCUGUUUUUCAGUUAAACGAAAUCUCAACUUACAAUAAUUUAGAGGAAAAGUUGUGUUCUUCCUUAAGUACGGUAGCCUACUGAAAAGAAAUCCGUAGUUCACAGAAUUGUGGAUUUCUCUGCGUGAUAUCUGAAACAAGAAAAGAAACUUUUUUCUCGCUGUUUUGACUGUUGCAACACUAUUCGUUGUGUAUUUCUACUUAGUCUUGGUUAAGCCAAAGCAUAAAAUGGUGAAAGAUAAGCCAAAUUCGACCAGGGUGUACGAUGACGAUGGUUAUCGAAAAAGGGCAGCUUGUGUAUGUGUCAAAGAAAAUGACCAAAAUCAAAUUCUCCUUGUAUCAUCUUCCAAUGAGAGCAGUAGUUGGAUAGUUCCUGGUGGUGGGCUUGAACCUGAAGAAAUGCCUCCCGAAACUGCGGUUCGAGAAGUCAUGGAAGAGGCUGGUGUUUCCGGGCGUCUUGGCGUUUGUCUUGGUGUUUUUGAAAAUAACGAGAGAAAACACCGAACUACUGUCUACGUUCUACAUGUAACGGAUGAACUAUCUGAAUGGGACGAUUCAAAAACAAUUGGGAGACGUCGCAAAUGGUUUCGAUUUGACGAAGCCCUUGAUCAUUUAACUGCUCACAAGCCUCUGAUGGCUCAAUGGCUGCUGAACAUAGCAAAAGCUGAAGCCCCAAGAUAAUUUCCUCGAAAAAUCUUAUCAUUGAGGCCUGAAUGUGGUCCCAUUAUAUAAUAUUGUCUUGCUCCUGAAAAUUAGGCUCUAGAUAAUUAGGUCUAGUCAGCCUUCAAGUAACUGGGUAAUCCAUGAUACUGCUGAAAAUCUUUGAUUCUGUUCUUCCAUAAUUUUUCCUAUCCUUUCAUUUUUUUUUUUUUUUAGUUUUCUUGUAUGAGUAAAAAUUUUUACUACUUUUACAUUUUACCGUUUUGGCAUUGCUAAGUCUAAAACUCGUUGCAUGGGGAAUGUUUGUAAGCGAGAUUAACGAACUUUUGUACGACAAUGGCAAGGUGUUCAAGUCACCCCCUUAAGUGAUGGUGCUGGAGAUGAACAUUAUUUUUAGGUUAAAGGCAGUGCAAAAUGAAGUUUUUGGUGUUGGAAACAAACGGAUUUAACGAGCGAUAUAAUAAAUGAAUUAUUUACACUU